CGGUUUUGAACACAGUAAAGCAGUGCAGCGGCGCGCGCGCUCCCUCCCUCUCUCUCUCUCUCUCUCCCUCCGUCUGUCUGCGCUCUCUCUCCCUCUCUCCCUCUCUCUCUCCGGACCCGCGGAGCCGCACUUUCCUUUUGUUUUUUUUUGAGCGACUCAUGGCAACUUUCAUCAUCUGACUCUCUUUUUCCCCGUUUAUUAUUAUUAUUAUUAUUAUUAUUAUUAUUAUUAUUAUUAUUAUUGUUUUCAUUUUCGUCAUUUGAACUGGAGCUCGCGCGCGCACUCCUCGCCUAAACGGAAUACCCCUCUCUCUCUCUCUCUCUCUCUCUCUCUCUCUGUGUGGAAUUGGUACCUGUGAGCUCCGAAGUGCCCGGUGGAGGAGGAGAGGAGGAGGAGGAGGAGGAGGAGUUGCGGAUUAACCCGGUGUCGGUGAUGUGCGUCCGGAGCUCCGGUGGCGCGAGCGCUGCGCUCGCGUGUCUGUAGCGGAUGAUGUAGCGGAGAGUCCCGGUCACUCUGCGGCGGAGACACUUCAGCUUCACCCUCACCGCUUUCAUGUGCAGUGCUAUUAGUGUUAUUAGUGUUAUUAGUAUUUGUGUUAUGAUCCUCCUGUGAAUGAGAGACUGACGCGCAUGUGUUCGAGUCCCCUGUGGGAGCUGUGGAUCAGUGCACGAGACGAGUCGCACCGCCGUGUUUACCGGACUAACCCCUCCUGCACCGGGAUGCUGCAGCCCUAGAGUCUCUCCGGGCCUCGGGUUUGCGCGCGCUCUCGCACCUGGAGUCGGGAUAUCAGGAGUUCGGAUUGUCAGAGACACUCUUCAGGGGCGUUUCUUUUAUUCUUAUUAUUCUUAUUAUUAUUUCUAUUCUAUUCUAUUCCCACGUCUGUGUCGCGUGAAACGGAUUUAGAGGUCAUGGGGGAGUCUCUGUGGACCUACUACUUUGGGGUGUUGGUGCUCGCGUGCAAGGUGAACGCAACCGUACUGGAGUCCAUCUACUGGAACACGACCAACACCAAGUUCGUUCCAGGUCAGGGUUUAGUCCUGUACCCUCAGAUCGGUGAUAAAAUGGACAUCGUGUGUCCACGAGUGGAGGGCGGGUCUAUGGACGGAGUCGAGUACUACAAACUCUACAUGGUUCCACGCGACCAGCUGGACUCGUGCACGGUGACGAAGGCCGACACGCCGCUGCUGAACUGCGUCAAACCCGACCAGGACGUCAAAUUCACUCUCAAGUUCCAGGAGUUCAGUCCGAACCUGUGGGGCCUGGAGUUCUUCAGAGGGAAAGACUACUACAUCAUCUCAACAUCGAACGGAACGAUGGAGGGCCUGGAGAACCAGGAAGGAGGGGUGUGUAAAACGAAGUCCAUGAAAAUCGUCAUGAAGGUCGGACAGAACCCGUCAGACCCACUACCACCGAAAGAGUAUCCCACCAAACAUCCGCCCAAAUACACAGACACGGGCAACGGUAAUUCCAACGAAGUGAUCGACCAACCAGGAGUGUCUCAACACGAGAGUGAGACAGUCGACGGUGGCAGUGGAGGUAAAUCAUCAUCAGUGAUCGGCUCGGAGGUGGCUGUGCUCGCCAGCAUCGCCUCGGUUUGCGUGAUCGCCGUGGCCAUCGUGGCCACGCUGGUAGUGCUGCUGCUCAAACACCGGCGGCGCCACGGCAAGCACUCGCCCCCUCACACCACCACGCUGUCGCUCGGCUCGCUCGCCACACCCAAAAGAGGCGGCGGCAACAACAACGGUUCCGAGCCCAGCGACAUCAUCAUCCCGCUGAGGACGGCCGACAGCGUGUUCUGCCCGCACUACGAGAAAGUGAGCGGCGAUUACGGCCACCCCGUCUACAUCGUCCAGGAAAUGCCUCCUCAGAGCCCCGCUAACAUCUACUACAAGGUGUGAAAGACUGAGGACUCAACUUUGAACCUUCACCCUGUUGCCCCCUCGAUGAAUCAGCCCCUCCCCAUUGGGGGCGGGUGACGAAGCUCACUCUGAGCUUCUUCUCGUGGCUGUCGUAAACUUUUUUUGUUUGUUUUUUUUUUUUUUCCGAAUAUUCCUUAUUAUUCUUCAGUGUAGAGUUUUUAAGCGGUGGAGUGAGGCUGCUGCUUUCAACCCCCUCACGAUUAGUAACAAAAAAGAAACACGUGCACUAAAUGAUGUGUCUUUGUGAGGUGGGGAUGUGUUCGGGGCCCGUGUUUAAAGCGGUGAGGGGACAAGGGUGACUCUCCUUAUGAGGAGAAGGACAAAAUAAGAGCGACAGAAUGAAGUGACUCAAGUAAACAAACAAUCAAGGAGCCCUGACUGCGAACUGCUGCCUGUCGUGGGGACGCUCCUGGGUUCAUUGGUCACGCAUACAGGAAGUGGACUUUGAGGAAACAGGACUCUUCGGACGCACUGUCGGACCUUAACACACACGGACAUCACCUGUUUCGCUCGCCUUCUUGGUCACCGUUUUUUUUUUUUUUUUUCUCUCGUUUCCACUCUCCCUUCAUCUCGCAAACUUCUUUUCUCUCCUGUUACUUGAAGGCUUUGCGUAUGGUCAUAUGUCUUACUCGCAUUUCUCUUCGUCAUUCCCAAUAUGGCUCGCGUGCAGAUUCGUUUGAUAGAUCUAGGUAUUGUCAUAGAGAUCCUAUUGUGCUGGUUAAUUUGUGCUCUUUGUACGUUGUGGGAUACACACACACACACACACACACACACACUCUGACAUCGCACACAUUUCACUCAUGUAAAUUCGAAGCCAAGGGCUAGAGAGAGUGGGGGGGGGUGUUAUUGGAAAGUAGGAGGAAGAUGUGAACACUUUAGCAGCACUUUUCAAAAAAAAAACAAAAAACUACCACCUGGCGCAUACAGUAUGACACACACACACACACGAGAGUGAGUGACAGUUAGUAAAAUGGUGGCAUCGGCAAUAACUGUCUAACCGCCAUUAUUAUCAUCAUCACUCUCACCGAUAUAUUUUCACAAAUCCCUUUCUGAUGAACUGGUGCUGUCAUACUCAUGCAAAAGCACAGGGUCAUCUGACGCAUUGCUAUUAGCAUAAUUAUUAUAGUUAUUAUUUACUUUUUUUUUUUUAACGAGACAAGACUUAAUUAACAUGUUGUUAUGUUGAUUUUGUUUAGUUGUACAUUAAAAUGGAGGAGAUGAGAGUUUAAAAAAAACCAACAACAACAACAACAAAAAAAAAACGUGGAAGCAGACAGAAAGAAAUAGAAAGAACUUAUUUAUGAUACACAGAGCACACAAAUGUCCAGGCAGAUAUUAAUAACUUAAUAAGCAAGCAGGCACAUUAUGCAAACGUAGACCUUUCCCAUUUUUUCUUUUUUUUUGAAACAUUUAUCACCCCCCCUCCCCAUUCACACCAAAUGCGAUCAGUCUUUACACAAAUAGUUGCCUUUUGAACCAUAUAUACUACACAUACUGACACAUAUGGCCAGGAACGGGGCAGCUUGGGAAAGAAAGCCCGAGAGAAAACAGCACGUUGGGUUUUAAAAUAGCCGAAAGGAAUGAGAAGGAAGGGCCAAAAAGAGUGGAGGAAAGGCAAGUCUGGCACAAUCUUGCUUAGCGAGGAUAAACUAAACCAGCUCCUCUAGCCUGGCUGUCUUGUUUGAUGAAGCUCAGAGAGUUUUGGGUUGAAAUUAGGCCUCUCAAGUGGGAAGGAGGGCACCGGACAAGAGUUACGAAGGGAAUUAGCUCAGGCUAAAAUUGUGAGAGAUAAAAAAAGAAGGGGCAACUUUGGUGCUACUCCCUAGACACGGACAUGUUGAGCUGCUGGCAGGCGAAGAAGUAGCCAAGUGGAGUCUGUAGCUGCACCCAUGGGACCGACUGGGUGGAUUCCCACAAUCCUCUAUGUGCUCGUCCCUCAGCGAUCACGAGAAACCGCUCUGGUCAGCGUAACAGUGUGUGUGGUUGUACACGUGAACCUUUCUAUUGAACUAUUUGUUGUAUUUCUCUCAUUGACACUUCACGCAUUGAUAAGGUUCACCUGCCGUGGACUUUAGAGAUUUGGAUAACUCGACAUAAGCAGAGAUCUGGCCGUGCGUCGCCAUGGUCACGUAUUAAUUGUUCAUAUUUUUCAUUUCCAUCUGUUUCAUGGAGAUUGUCGAAUCUCGCCAAGAAGCCAAGCCUUGUGGGAUCUGAGGUUUGUGCCUCUGUAAGAGGCCACAAAAUAAGCAAAUAUGCAAUUUUUAUUUAUUUUUGUAACAAUUGAGAGACAAAAUGAAAUGCUUACACCUAUGGAAAAGUGUUCUUAUCCACUGAAAUGAGUGAAAUUAAACAAAAACAAUACAACAUAAACAAAACAACACAAUCCUGUUGUGUUUCCUUUUUUUCCUGAGAUCGUUUUCUUUUUAUAAAGCAGAUUUCUUUCAGUGAGGAUUUUUUUUUUUUAGUUUGUCCAGUUGAUAUGAGGUAAACUGUGAAAAAACACAUCCACAAAAUUGAGCAGAUGCUUUGAAAGUCAUAUUACAGAACACACACCUUUGGUUGCUGUCUGAUAUGGAACUAAAAAUAAACGACAAUCUUCUUAGUUUCUUUAAAUCUGAAGGCCGUUCUUUACUAAGCACCUCGCAAACAUUCCUCUGAAAGCCUAACGAGAGGAAUGAGAUUCGUCCAGUUGUGCCGCCUUUGGAAACUCGGAUGUUUGUGAAAUGCAAAGUGAAGCGUCUUCAGGCUACUGUAAAAUGCCUUGCUCAUUUCCUCAUCCCGAGUUCAGAUGACUCAGUAAUUUUUUGCACCGUACACCUGUAGGUAAGAAAGCUGUAAAUAAAUUAAUGUUUGUAUUGUAUAUGGAUCCCUGGUUCAAAUGAUAGCCUUAUUCACAUGUUUUCUUUUUAAGUAAAUAAAAAUACAAAGGACGGGGUUGAAAACGACACAGUGAAACACAGAAUACUACUUUUUUUUUUUUGGAUAAAUAUAUUGUGUAAAUAUCAACAACAGACCCAACAUAACAUUUUUUUAUAAACGCAUAGUAAGAUGUUUUGUAUAAAAUUGGAAUUUUUUGCUAUGUAUUUUAGCUAGCGCUCGUCUGAAGUCCUCGGCCCUAACGCCCCGCCCCUUUGCACUGUUUCCAUGGUAAUUUGGUUUUAUUAAAAAAAAAAAAAAGAAGAAAGUUGCCAAACCAACUGCUGCAUAUUUGUGCCAUACGUGUGUACCAUAGAUAUUUAUUUAAUUAGUUCUUGGUUUUUGUUUGUAUUUGACUUCAUUUCUGUCUAGUUUGUACACAAAUUCAGUAUUAUGGUUGGGUUUGUCUUUCCUCACACUUCCCGUUUGUCCGUCUGUCGCUGUGGUUUUCCCAGUGGCUGUAGCUCCGCCCCUUUCCCUUAACUUCCCUUCCUUUCCCUUCCAGUGAGAUCUGGUCAGGCCAUGAAACAGUUAAAACACACACACACAUUCCACCAGUCUGUUACAAACUGAAAAUGUUUUUCAAUAAAAUGUUUUUCCUAUGGAA